AUUUUGUAUGUGUGUUGGCACACACAUGGGUGUAUGUGUUUAUGUGUGCAUAUCUGUUGUAGCACAAGGUGUUGGCAUAUUCCUGGUGAAUAAGCUCAGUCAGAUAAAGAAAUGGUCUAGAGACGGAAGAGGCAUACCAGCUCACGUUCCCGGCAAAGAUGCUUACAUCAUCCAACGAUACCUAGAAGACCCGCUUCUCAUUGGAGGCAAGAAAUUCGACCUUCGUCUCUACGUUCUUGUCACCAGCUAUCGAUCCCUCAAGGCAUACAUGUACCGGCUUGGAUUUUGUCGUUUUUGCACAGUGAAAUACAACAGCAGCACGAGUGAGCUGGAGAACAUGUUCGUUUACCUCACAAACGUGUCGAUUCAAAAACAUGCUGAGAAAUAUAAUGACAGUCAUGGUGGCAAAUGGUCGAUACAUAACCUCAAGAUGUACUUGGAAGGAACGAGAGGAAAAGAGGUGAAUGCAUCUCCGUCACUCACAUGGACGACUGCAGCAGACAGAGCCAUGAAAUACAGUCUCACCAGUGACAUACUCUACAUCGUCAUUCCAGGACGAGACAUUCCUGACGUUCGAUGGAACAAAAUUCCUGCCAAGAAAGCUCUUGGUAACUUUGAUGUAUUGUGCUGCUCUACCUCCACCAGUAACAGCCAACAAGCAGACACUGAUAUAGACCACGAGUUCAAACAACAGCAGCAUUGUAAUUUCAACUAAACUCAGAUAUACACAACCGUAAACGAGAGACCCUCAGUCUGAUGUUAUAGAGAAAUGCUGCAAACGAUGAAGUUUUAUAGGUUGGUGUUGAACCAUCCUGGAGUUUGCAAACUAAUCAAGUAGACAACCGUCUUAUAAUAAUUUAUGACUUUCUCGAGACAAAUUUGGUAUAUACUACGGAAACCUAUCUACA